AGAAAAGUGUUUUCUCGACUCGAGAUGUUAGAAGGUGCUAAAUCAAUAGGUGCCGGAGCUGCUACAAUUGCUUUAGCCGGAGCUGCUGUCGGUAUUGGAAACGUCCUCAGUUCUUUGAUUCAUUCCGUGGCGCGAAAUCCAUCAUUGGCUAAACAAUCAUUUGGUUAUGCCAUUUUGGGCUUUGCUCUCACCGAAGCUAUUGCAUUGUUUGCCCCAAUGAUGGCCUUUCUUAUCUCAUUCGUUUUCCGAUCGCAUAAAAAGUCAUGAGAUCAAAAAAGAAAUGUGAGAAUGUAGUUACAGAUGUAAAAAAAGUAAAUAUCUCGUUCUCUUGGUCCAUAGAUGGGGCGUCCUA